GCCUCCAAUUGGACCAGUAUACUAAGAGAUGAGCAAUUGCGGUAGGACUAUGAACAUUGUAUUCGUGAUCGUGGAGUAUAUGCUCUGUUUCGUUUCUGAAAGCUUUGUCCAGCAGAAGGUUCUACCAGAUCGCUGGAUCCGCUCGACUCCACAUCCCGAUAACAAGCGAAGAUGGUUUUCACGCGCCGUUUUGUUAUUGGUAAACAAGCGGGUGGCCCAGUGGAGCCAUCGCUUGUGAUCCUCGGCCGCUUGCCCGGUUUCUGGUGCCUUAAACUGCCUGUUCCUGACGAACCCUCCAUGUUUUGCUCCAACUUUAUUCUCUUCCAACUCGGGCGCCCCUCAACGCCAAACCGAAGGAUCGUCGUCGCCCCGCGAAAUUCAAUACGACCUCCCCCUUCCCGCGCUCUUCCCGACCCCGCGGUCAAUUCAAAUCAACAAUGAGCGCCCACCCCACCACCGUCAUCCGAGGUGCCGUCGAAGCGCGCCCGGGGCCACCCCCGGCCAUUGGCGGCCAUGAAUCGGACGACGGCGACGACCUGCUCGCCGCGAUGGGAUACAAGGCCGAGCUGGUGCGUACGCGGUCGACGUGGCACGUGGCGUUCAUGUCGUUCGUGCUGGCGUCGAUCCCGUACGGGCUGGCCACGACACUGUACUACCCGCUGCAGGGCGGCGGUCCGGUCGUGGUGGUCUGGGGCUGGCUGCUGGUCAGCCUGAUCAUCCUGUGCGUGGCGGCGUCGCUGGGCGAGAUCACGUCGGUGUACCCGACGGCCGGCGGGGUCUACUACCAGACCUUCAUGCUCGCCCCGGCCGGGUUCCGCCGCGUGGCCGCCUACAUCUGCGGCUGGGCGUACGUGGUCGGCAAUAUCACCAUUACGCUGGCGGUGCAGUUCGGCACCACGCUGUUCUUCGUCGCCUGCGUCAACGUGUUCGAGUCGGAGCCCGGCGUGGGCGUGUGGGAAGCCGACACGUACCAGGUGUUUCUGACCUUCCUGGCCAUCACGCUGCUGUGCAACGCCAUCUCGACCUUCGGCAACCGCUGGCUGCACUGGCUCGACACGUUUGCCAUCUUCUGGACGUUUGCCGGCCUGCUGGCCAUCCUCAUCACCGUGCUGGCCGUGGCCAAGGAGGGAAGGCGCAGUGCCAAGUUCGCCUUUGGGGAUUUCGAGCCGACGUCCGGGUGGCCGGCCGGGUGGUCGUUCUGCGUCGGCUUGCUGCACGCGGCCUACGCGACGUCGUCGACGGGCAUGGUCAUCUCGAUGUGCGAGGAGGUGCAGCGGCCGGCCACGCAGGUGCCCAAGGCCAUGGUGGUGACCAUCCUCAUCAACACGGUCGGCGGCCUGCUAUUCCUGGUCCCGCUGAUGUUUGUGCUUCCCGAUCUCGCCAUGCUGGUCGCGCUGCCGUCGGGCCAGCCCGUGCCCACCAUCAUCAAGUCGGCCGUGGGCCACUCGGGCGGCGCCAUCGCGCUGCUGCUGCCGCUGAUGGUGCUCGCCAUCCUCUGCGGCGUCGCCUGCACCACGGCGGCCUCGCGCUGCACGUGGGCCUUUGCGCGCGACGGCGCCAUCCCCGGCUCCAAGUGGUGGAAGCAGGUGCACCCGACGCUUGAUCUGCCGCUCAACGCCAUGAUGCUCUCCAUGGCCAUCCAGAUCGUGCUGGGCGUCAUCUACUUUGGGUCCUACACGGCUUUCAACGCCUUCUCGGGUGUCGGCGUCAUCUCGCUGACCGUGUCCUACGCCGCGCCCAUCGCCGUGUCCAUGCUCGAAGGCCGCUCGCAGGUCAGGGGGGCCAAGUUCUCGUUGGGCAAGUUUGGCUGGGUCGCCAACAGCGUUGCCCUGGCCUGGUCGAUCCUCGCGGUACCCCUAUUCUGCAUGCCCGCCUACAUCCCCGUCACGGCGAGCAGCGUCAACUACGCGCCCGUCGUGUUUGUCGGCUUCAUCGUCAUUGCGUCUCUGUGGUACGCCGUCUGGGGCCGCAAGAACUACCGCGGCCCGCCAACAGAGAGCCUUGGGGAGGAGGUGGUGCCCGAAGCGGAUGUUCGGCCUACGAAGAAAGACUAA